AUGAGUGUCAGGGUUGUGGCUCGAAUUCGGCCACUCCUGAAAACGGAACGGGAAAUCGACAUCAUUGUUCGCCCUGGAGCAUUUGCUGCUUCGACCCUACCACCCAUACCCAAGGAUUCAAAUGGGAAUUCGAUAUCAAAAAAAAAGAAAUUUCAUAAGAAGGAUGGUGAAUUUUGUGAGCGGCAGAGUAUCGUGCGUAUACCAAACCCGAAAAAUGAAGGAGAGCAAUAUAGUUUCCAAUUUAAUGGGGUGUACGAUGACAGCGUGGGACAACAGGAGUUUUUUGAUGCAGAAGUGGCUCCCACGAUUAAGCACCUCUUUAAUGGAUUUGACGUUACUUUAUUUGCGUACGGCGUGACUGGCACGGGCAAAACUCACACAAUGCGAGGGGGAAAGAGUCUUGCGGAGAGAGGCGUGAUACCCCGGCUUUUGAGUAACGUAUACAGAAAGAGUCGAAAAAUGGAGAAAGAUUCCCAGGGCGCCACAAAGGUUGAAGUGGCUAUGAGCUACUAUGAAAUAUACAACGACAAGGUGUUUGAUUUAUUCGAGCCAUCAGAAAAGAGGACUCCAUCAGGCCUUCCGCUCCGAGAUCACGGAGGGAAAACAGUUGUUGUAGGACUCACGGAACGGCCUUGCGGGUCGCUGAAGGAGUUCGAGAGUAUGUACGACCAGGCAAACGUGAACAGAUCGACGUCUGCCACAAAGUUGAAUGCCCAUUCCUCGAGGUCUCAUGCGAUCCUGUGCGUCAAACUCACUAUUACGACCGAUGACUGUGUUCGUGUUAGUACUGCAUCUGCGAUCGAUUUAGCUGGGUCAGAAGACAACCGUCGAACUGAGAAUGGAAAAGAGCGAAUGGUCGAAUCUGCAAGCAUUAAUAAGAGUCUGUUCGUUCUAGCCCAAUGCGUAGAGGCGAUAAGUAAAAAACAGACCAGAAUACCGUAUCGAGAAUCGAAAAUGACCCGAAUCCUCUCCCUUGGUCAGAACCAAGGGCUCACGGUUAUGAUCUUGAACCUUGCACCGAUUCGCUCAUAUCACCUGGAUACUCUCAGCUCCCUUAACUUUGCGAAUAGAACAAAGAAAAUUGAAACUAGGGAAGUGGAAAACGAGCCAAUGUUUAAAGGGCCACCACGGAUCUCAGGGCUCACUGCUAAAGGUUCGAUGACGCGCCAGCCUCUACGGCCGUUGACGGCAUCGAUCAACGUCAACAUUGCGGCCGCAUCUUCUAACGGGGCUUCAAAGCUGCCGGACGGAAAACCUGCAAAGUCUUUUAUGGUCUAUACGGAUAAAACGCUGUCAAAACAACCCCAGAAUCCUGAGUUAUCAAAACGCUCGCCAAUCAAGCGAAAAUCUGGAGGUAAUUUCCAUACUGUAAUUCGCCCCUCAAAAGUUGGCCGUCCUGGAAUUGUGGAUUCUUUGCAGAACAGCCGCACGCCGGAAAGCGUUUCAACGGCUAAAAUCGAGGAAAUGGUCGAGAAGAAGGUCGAGGAGCUUUUGGCUGCAAGGGCUCUAAACGAAGUUGAAACUUCCAAUGCAGCACUUCGAACGCAGGUGAGCGACAAUGCGCAGUUACAACGACGGCUUGAACUCUUAGAACAAAGGGUUGAAGGGAAAGAAGAUGCUCGUGCUGAGGGUCUAUCGUAUUUACUCAUGGGAAAGCAACAUCAGUCUCACGGCGAAAAUAGGUCUGCUUUGAAGAUGUACCAGCUAGCACUUCCAUUCUUUCCGGAAAACAAAAAGCUCACACAAAAAAUCGAAAUGCUCAAGACAAUGUUCAGCGACCACAGUAACUUGACAAUUUCUAAACCAGAACCCAACCCUGAAAGUAAAGGGCAAGGCCGCAGAAAACGACGGCGAUGCAACCGAGACAGCACUGAAAUCAAUGAAGAACAUGACGAAUAUCGCCUGUCAGACGAAGAGACAAGCGAGGACGACAUUGAUAUACGCCUCAGGUCAAAAGGAGGCCCCCGUAGAGGGUGUAAACCCGCGGUAAAACCUGAGAGCAGUGAGAAUGACCUCAUACAUUCACCACGGACGGCACAUAUCCUUUCCGUUGUUAACUCAAGAAAUGUUAGUCAAAUCAAGCUACUCCGGGGUGUCGGAGCAAAAAAAGCUGAAGCCAUUCUUGAUUGCCUGUGUGAGAUGGACGAAAAGAACUUUGAGUCUGAAAAUGCUGUUCGAAUCCGCAGCCUAGUGGAGCUGGGUAAGCUGAAGGGUGUUGGAGUGAAGACAGUAGAGAGCAUGCGGAACGCAAUUGACGUUGCUUAG